AUGGCCAAAGAGAAACGCAAGUCUCUCAAUCGAGCGAGGCUCAUGGGCAGCCCUCUCAUUUUUGAUUCGAAGAUGGUAAGCAGAAGUAGCUACGGCGCCAGAGGGCAAGUCUUAUGGGCGAAGGAAGGAUGGAGGCCCAAAGCUCGUGAAAGGGAAGGAAGGGGCAGAUGUCCACGAAAGCCACAGGAAGGCGCGAGACCUCCAUCUGAAGACGGAUUGAAGAUGCCGGGACUGGAAGACGAGACG